ACCAAUGGCGGACGUUGUAAACAGAGCCAGCAGCUUCUCUGGGGCCGAAGUGAAACCGCUGAUUUUAAGAUGAAUAACGUAGAAACUGAGCGUUUGGACAGUCUGGAUGGGUGGGUGGCGGUGAAAAGUAACAUAUUUGAAGAACAGGAGACGUUUAAGCUGGGCUUCAUCGUACAGUGGAGCGUCAUCGAGUGUAAAUUCGCCGUCACCUGCCACAACAGGACGCUACAGCGACAGAAGCGCAGAUCUGAGGGGGUCUUCGGGGACCCUCAGGUGAGCUGGGCCGGACUCUUCUCCGUCAGCGACCUCAAACACAUCCACCUGCAGUUCACAUGUGUGGCGGACAUCUUGGCACACUGCUUCCCGGACUUAUCAGAGUUUGAGCAAGGCAACAUUUGGGAUCUGCUCUUCCUGAGUCGCAGCAGGUCAGGAGGUCCCGGGGAGGAUGAUGAUGAGGAGAGGGAUACAGACACGCCGUGCAGGAAACUGGAGAAAUACUUCAGCACUGCUAUUGACGUGUGCGGAAGAAAGAUAGUGCUCGACACGUUGUUCACGCAGGAUGAGCGGGAUGUUGAGGAGUACUUUGAAAAUCUGCUGGAGUUCAAGAGGAAGAGCAUGCAGGAGGAGAUGUCGAGGGCCAAGGGUCACGUGCGACAGCUCCUGCAGCGUCAUGGCAGUGCAGACCGAAUGGUGGCGCUGCUGCGUAUCUACGAAGAAGAGGACGAGGCGUACCAGGACCUGGUCACCGUGGCUACCACCUUCUUCCAGUACCUGCUGCAGCCUUUCAGGGACAUGAGAGAGCUGGCCUGCCUCUACAAGAUGGAGAUCCUGAAGACUUUAGAGUUUGAGGACUUGGGUCCUAAGAGAAUUGAAGCUCUGGAGAAGGAGGCGGAGGAGUGGAGAACGAAAGCAGAAGACGCAGUCGCCUCGAUUCAGGACAUCACCGUCACCUACUUUGCACAGACUUCAAAAGCUCUGGCUGGUAUGUCAAAGCAGAUGGAGGAGGACAAGGCUCGUUUUGGAGCGGCUGCCUGGGCAUCUGCAGCUCCCAGACUGGAGAAACUGCGCUUCCUCUUGGCCAAAGAAACCCUGCAGCAUAUGAGAGCUAAAGAGAUGUGCCUGAACCGCAAGAAAAACGGCAUCAGAGAAAUGCUGGGCAGCCUGUCUGGCAGAGUCCAGAGCCACAGAACUGAUCCCAGGUCUGAGGACAGGCAGCAGCAGGACACAGUGGACCAGCUGGAGAUAAGAUUUUAUGAAACCCAACUCGAACUGUACGACACCAAGUUUGAGAUCCUGAAGAACGAGGAGCAGCUGCUGGUGGCUCAGAUAGACACGGUGCGACGGCAGAUCAAAGAGCUGAAGGACGAGGUGGUGUACUAUGAUGUGUGUGAGGAUACAGAGGAGCUGCACAGCUUGUUCCACCCAGGUGUUCAACAGAAAGACCCCCCCGCUCUCACUCAGCUCAAACGACGGCUGCAGACCUUGGAGACCAAGAGAGGCGGCAUCUGUUCCCGGAGAGCUUACCUCCGAAACAAAAAGGAUCAGUGCAUGGAGGCCCAGGAGCAGAAGCAGCUUCCCGCCAAGCAGAGCUCAUUACUCUUCAACCAGCAUCAUCAUGUCCACAUGAAACGAGAGAAGAGGAAAGAGGAGGACCAGAUGAGGAAAGAGUGGGUGGACCAGGAGCGAGAGAAAACUCUGAGCAGAUUACGAUCCUUCAGAGAGAGGCGACAUGGCCAGUACAUCCUGAAGACUCCUCAGUCCAGGAUGUCUCCCACCGAGGGGCCGUGUCCCUUCCAGCCUCUGUCCAUCAUCAGCCUGGGCCCCCCCGAGGGCCCCCCCGAGGGCCCCCCCCCUGUCCGGCCUGCACCCAGACGCAAUAAAACACCCAAGAAAAAGCAGCCUCAAGACAUCCCUGUCCAAAUCUUCGCUGCACCGCCACCUCCAGCAACUUCCCCCCCCACUGCACCUCCUCCACCACCACCUCCUCCACUUCCCCCCGCUUUCCUGCCUCAAAGAGCUUCACCUUCCUCUGAAGACACACCGAUGCCUCUCCGUGAAAAAGAGGACCCUCCUUUUCAAGCCAAGAACACGCUCAAACAAAAUUUAGGAACAAUGGAUGAAGUGUUGGCCUCAUUGCAGCGUGGACAGAUUCAGCUUAAAAAGGUCUCCUCUCCAAAGACAGCGUCCCCUGCUGGAGACACGAGGACCACUCUGAUGUCUGCCAUCAGACUUGGAGUCACCCUGAAGAAGAUGGUUCCUGCACAUGGAGAAGUACCGACGAGCGAAGAAAACGAGCUGGAGCGCAGCAUCAAAGCCGCCAUGAUGAGGAUGAAGAAGGUUGCAGCCGACUCUGACUCUGACGACAGGGAAGACGAGACACAAAGCACUGACUGGGACAGCUGAACGAACACACACACACACACACACACACACACACACACACACACACACACACACACACACACACACACACACACACACACACACACACACACACACACACACACACACACACACACACAGUUUUUCAACAUUACCCCCUCUCUGUUUGCUUGAUGGUUCUGAACUACAGCUUAUGUUGCUGCCAAAUGUUCACAGAAAAGCUUCCUCUUAGACACGGAUGGGAUUACGCCUCUUCUGACUUUAACAUUGCACUUUUCAAAAUUGCCCCGAGAUGUUGUAAUACAUCCAGACUCGCUCAAAUCCAACCAAGCAGCUCGAGGCAGAAUCAGGAUGUAGUCUUCUUAAAAGCUGCGGGUUUGCAGAAAUCCAGAACUGAGCAAAUGAGGCGUUGUGUUUCAGCGCUCAUUAAGGAGAAAAGCAGAGCAGUGGGGCUGUAGUACUGUGUGUAAAUGAUUGCAUUUCUCCCAACUUGCCGCCUAAAGGCCUUGUGAGACUGCACACAGCAGGGGAAGCCUGUGCUUCACAAGUACACUGUCACAAAUACUCAGUUUCCCACAUUAAAAGGUCUAAACUGGGCUCUUUGAAUUAUCUUUGAAUGUAAUGAAAUCUGAACAAUUGUUUUUUUGUGUGUUACCAGACCCCAAAGGGCUGUAGCUAACUGAGUUUUGUAGUUUUUGCAUAUAACUAAACACAUGAAGUGCAGCACUGUUAACUAUUUACAGCCUUCAUGUCUUUGUCGACGUCAUUGUUUGUACCCAGGCUUUUGAUGCACUUUUCUCUCAUCUCUUUCUUUUAGUGUCAGAAAUGUAUGAAUGUGUUGGGGUUCAUUUAAGUGAAAUUGUAAUGUCUUCCUCUUUGAUGCCAUAAGAAAUGUUGUGACCACAACUUUUUUUAAUAAUCAAUACAUCCUCUAAUUAUAACAAUGA